UGAGCGGAUCAGACAGAUGCCUCCAUAGGUCACCUGUAGAACUGCACCGACUUAGUUUGUUUCUGCUGCAGCUUUUGAUCGAGUCACAGCCUGAUCUGUUGGAUUUAUAUCCUCUGAAGCACACGUUCUACAGCUCUGUGGAACCAGAACAUCAUGAAGAAGGAGACAACGACACUUGAUGUUUGUCUUCAGGUGAGGAUUCUGUUCCCGGAAUCAAACACACCUGAGCUGACAGAUCAGAUCACUCCGACAGUCUCAGUAAAGCCCCAGAAUGCACUGCAGCAUCGAAGCAAUGCUGAAGUUUCUCUGCAGGUCGGUUACCAUGACGACAGCGCCCACACAGUCCGAAGGUCACCUGUUGAGACCAGAGCAGCAACAGGUUAGCCGGGUCACAUGACAGUCUGUCUGACAGCACCUGAAACCUGAUAGGCUGUUACCAGGCAAUGAGGCGAGAAGGAGGAGGGAAGAAGAAACCACAAGUGAGAGAGGAGGAGAAGGAGAAGACACAAGAGGACGAGCAGGGCACUGGGAGGACUGGGACUGGGACUGAGACUGAGCGAUGGAGCGCAGCAUCAUCCGGCUGAGUCACUGUCAGAAGGAGAUCUUCUGCUUCUCUCUGCCAGAUGAGUGUCCAAGCUGUGGGGAGGAGCUGAAGGGGAGCCGCCUGCAGGAGGCGCCGGUCAGCCUGCCGUCUCCUCUCACCGACGGACACAAGAGCUCUUGCUGUCUGCUGGUCGCACCUGCACACGACAACCUGCACAGAGACUUUGAUGGGACGUCUGAUCUGCACACGGGGAUCUCCAACACGAAAGGAGUUGUGUUCAACUACACUCGAGGAGGCGUCCGUAGAGAGCAGACCGGAUGGGAACGCUGCGUCAGCAUUCCUCUGGUCCGACCCGACAUGUUCCACCUGCUGGCCCAGUGGGACCAGUACCUGGAUCGCUUCUCUGAUGGACCCAUGUGGGACCCAGCCUGGCACAGGUUCGAUGAGGACGACCAUAACUGCUUCAGUUUCUGUCUCCAGUUUGUGAACAGCGUCCUGACAGCCGAGGGUCGCAGCUCUCUGAGCAGAGACGACUUCACUCGCAGCUUCAUCCUACCGAGGAUGAGAAGGGUGUCCAAAUACACCACGCUGUACCAGCACCUCCAGAGACACCAGUACUACCUGGUGGACAGACAGGAGGACAGACAGGAGGACACAGCAGUCAGCAGUUAAACCAGACUCACCACCACUGGAAGGAGCUUAAACCAAACUAGGGCUGCAACUAACGACGCGUCGACAAAUAGUCUGAGCAUGAUAUGUCAUCAAAAGCGGAAGUGACCGUGCAAUGCAACAGAAAUCACCAUCCGAUCGGAGCGAGGAACACAGACGGACAUUGGCGCUGCAUCGUGCAUGUAUUAUGUAUGCACGAUGCAGCGCCGAUGUCCGCAUUGAGACACAGCUGUAUAGUAAACUCUGACAUCCGCGUUUACGAUAGAUCGUGCUAUUAUUGCUAAUUUUAUGCCCAUUUCUAAACUGCCUUUCUUCUCCAAAAUCUUGGAGAAAAUUGUGUACUCCUACCUCAUGGACUUUUUAAAUGAACAAAAUGUUCUGGAGAUUUUUCAAUCUGGUUUUAAAAGACUGCAUAGCACGGAAUCGGCUCUUUUAAGAGUUUUUAAUGACAUCUUCUUAGCUACUGACUGUGGUCACUGUGGGAUCCUUGUGCUUUUAGAUUUAACUGCAGCAUUUGAUACAGUGGACCAUGACAUCCUGGUUGCUCGUCUGGGGCAGUGGGUGGGCAUCAGUGGCACGGCUCUGAAAUGGUUCAGGUCCUACCUUUCUCAUCGGACUUUCUGUGUCAGCCUUGGUAACUCUGUGUCCUCCACUGCUCCUCUCUCAUGUGGGGUUCCUCAGGGGUCGGUGCUGGGCCCUCUUUUAUUUUCUCUAUACCUUCUCCCCCUUGGUUCAAUCGUCAGGAAGCAUGACAUUUCAUUCCACUGUUAAGCUGUUGACUGCCAGAUUUAUGUCCCUCUCAAAAUGGCCAAGUCAUCUUCCCUCAAACCUUUGUUAAAUUGCUUGGAUGACCUCAAGGCCUGAAUGUCCCUAAAUUUUCUCAGUUUUAAUGAAAAAAAGACUGAAGUGAUGGUCUUUGGUGGUACUUCUGUGACUCCUCCAGUUGACUUGGGUUCCUUGACACAGUGCGCCAAACCUAUUGUUAAUCAUUUAUUGUUAAUAAUUUAGGGGUAAAAGUGGACGCAGAUCUGAAGUUCGACAACCAGAUUAACCCCUUAGUCCCUACAGCCCCCGCCGGCGGGGGUUGUAGGGACUAAGAGUUGGUGCCUCACAAACAGGGCUCAGGGACUAAGGGGUUAAAGCUGUGGUGAAAAAUAGCUUCUUCCAGUUAAGGCAGCUGGCAAAAAUCAAACCCACUCUGUUGAGACAGCAAUUUGAAACAGUAAUCCACGCCUUUGUAACCACUCGGCUGGAUUACUGCAAUGCUCUUUAUAUGGGGGUUAGUGGGUCCUCCAUUGCACAUCUUUUAACUGGUACAAGAAAGUUUGAGCACAUUUCACCGAUUUCAGCUUCACUAUACUGGUUGCCUGUCCUUUUUAGAAUUAAUUUUAAAAUGCUUUCAUUUGCUUUUAAAUCAUUACAUGGUCUUGCCCCCCAAUACCUCUCUGAGCUUCUUCAUCCAUAUACUCCGAGCCGUUCCCUCAGGUCAGCUGAUCAGCUGCUCCUGAGGAUCCCCAAAACAAGGCUGAAGCUCAGAGGGGAUCGAGCGUUUUCUGUGGCAGCUCCAAAGCUUUGGAAUGAGCUGCUACUGCACAUUAGACAGGCCUCCUCAUUGUCUCAUUUUAAAACCCUUCUAAAACCCACCUUUUCUCGUUGGCAUUUCACACCACGUAGGUUUGUUGUUUUCAUGUGCAUGUAUAUAUACUUGGGAGGGGCAGUCCAGUUUGUUUAGUCUAUUUAUUGUGUCAGACACUGAUGUACAGUUUUCCAUUAUGUGUGUUAUUAGCUUAGCAUCAUAGCGUGUUCUCUAUGUGGUGUGAUAGCAGGCUAACAUUCAUGCUGGUACGUUAAUUCUCGACAUUAAACAGCUUCAUAUGGGGCUUUAUGGCUGUAAUAAAUAAGCAGUAACAUGUUUACACGUGUAUAAUUAGAUGUUCACAUAUAGGUAUCUACAUGUAUGUGUGUGUGUGUAUUCAUGUGUGUAUUUUGGGUUUCCAUAUACAUGUGUGUGAAUGUGUACACAGAUCUACACACGUGUGUAUAUGUAUAGAAUGAGAGAGUGUUGAUCUGUAAGGCUGUCACUAAUCUGAAUAGACGAGCAAUAAACAGGUUGAACAGUUUUCUGUUCCUUACAGAAACUGAGUCUUCUGCUAUCAUCAUCUACAGGAAGUUCUCCUCACUGGUGUCCUCCUUGGAUCUUCUGUUCUCAGUCAUCUUCCAGUGCUGCUGCAGUCCUCUGCUCAUUGUGAUUUUCUCUGCUCAGAUGGAGCAUCCAACAUUUAGGAGGGCCCCUAAUGGGACCCUUCUCCUGAAGGCCUCUGCUGAGGUUCAGGCUCUGGGGCCCCAGAAGGCCAGCUACAGGACCAGACCAGCAGAGGAGAUGGAGGAGGAGGCCCGGGCCCACGUCGAUUCCGAGGGUGGAGAUGUCACCAACGCCACCCUGGUGCUGAGCCGUGGAGGGUCCGGUUCGGCCGGUACCAGGACCAAACCUUCCACUGGCUGCUGGAGAACGACGUGGGCUAAACCUGGUUUCCUCCAGCAGAAGAAGCGAGAGAGGACCGGGUCUCAGUCCUGUAGGAGUCUGAGGACCCCAAGAAGAUCCGGUAUGUUUUCACUGUAAUACAUUUCAAAACACUGUCAUGAUAGAACAUCUGCUGGAUGAUCAGUGAAGAUCUCAGUCACCUGAGGACCUGCAUCAUCUGCAGCUUCAUCAGCUACCUGCAACGGAAGACACCAGCUCCAGGCACGCCGACGGAGAACGCCGUCCGCUGUGUCAGAAGCCGAGACAGGCAGAGGAGGAACCCUGCUGCUGCUGCUGCUGCCAGGACCUCCUCCUCCUCCUCCUCCACCUCCUCCUCCUCCUCUUCCUCCUCCUCCUCCUCCUCCUCCUCCUCCUCUUCCUCCACCUCUUCCUCCUCCUCCACCUCCUCCUCCACCUCCUCCCAGAGUCCUGUAGAGCAGCUCUCGCUGCAGAGCAGCAGCAGUGGAUCGGCCAGGUGCUGUUUUCCAGGGACAGCAGGGGGAGGCCACGUCUCAUCGGAGACCUGAACCUCUAGUGGUUCCCUCCCUAGACUCGGCCGGUCAACAGUCAGCCUCCCCCGUCCCCCGACCCCUUCUUCGCAUGUCGGCUGUUCCUGUGGAUGCCACACAGGAUCUGGCGCCAACAGCUGACAUGCCCCCAGCCUUCAUGCUCCAGGUCCAUGGUGAAGGCUGGGCUGUACAGGACCAUCCGGAGGGUCCUGGACAUCGACUGCUGGUAUCUCAUGGCCACCGAGUACCUGGAAUGCCGUCGGUGUAGAAAGAAGGUCGGGGGCUGGUCACAGGGCAUCAUCAGGCAGCUGUCCUCCACCUACAGCUGCCAGUUCCCAGCUGUACUCACGUACAGAAGGAGAGUCUCCAACGCUGCUGCUCGGACUGAACACGGGCCCUGCAAACCGGCCCAGCUCCGUCGCCUGGUCGAGGCCGUUUGCAGCCAGCUCUGCCGUCUCCACCCCGCCACGGCCCGUCUCAGUGGUCCUGAAGACCCGGUGGUCCCUGCUCCUCACCGACUACGUGGCCAUCAGAGAGGCGGUGCUGGUGAGCCCGCGUUUGAUGGAUCAGACCACCAUCCAGCUCUUCAAGCUAAAUCAGCGAACCCUGUCCCAGUGGUUCUGUCGUCGUCAGAAGGCCUGGGGGAGGACUGUGCUGGAGCACAGUAGAACAGUAGUAGCAGACCGGCCUCUCCCUGCUGCCAAACAGCUGUCCCUGGUGCAGGUGGGGCAGGGACAGGCCUUUAUUUUCCCCGCACUGCAGGAGCAGCCUGGAUCAUAGAUAUAUACAAACGCUAGAUGUCUCAAGACGGAGUCGGCGGCGUCGUCACUUGGCGGCCAUCUUAGGACAGGGGACUGCUCUGACACUGUACUGUAGUCAAUGGUAAAGUGGAUGAUUUCCUCACUUUAACACUCAAAACUCGCUCAAUUCUUGAUUGAUUUACAAACGGUUUAGUUUAUUACAAACCUUAUUAACGUGGCUAUGAUGCAGGCUCAAUUCCGAAAUCGCAGCUUUUCGUUUUGAAAAAUGCGGCAUAGUUGUGUGUCUUUUCUGCCUGGCUACUCACAUUGAAGAUGGUGUUACUCACAAUCUGAUUUUCAAUUAUUAGGUUUUCCUGAGACCAACGUUUUUUGAGAACUUAAUCUUUAGGUGAAAUUACAUUCUUUGUGGUUGUGGUUGUAUUUAUUUGCUUGUUAAGAGACUUUGAUUGAGACCUUAGACUUAUUGUUUGUAUACAUCUAUGCCUGGAUUAGUUAGCCUGCAGCCGAAAUGCAUUGUGGGUAAUGUAGGCACCAGGUUCAUGAAAAGAAAAGACAACAUCUCUGUUUGUUGUGCAUUGAUUUUGGUUGAGCUUUGUUUUUAUCUGUGCAUUAGAAAGCUGAUAGUAAUAAAGAAGUGCAAUGCUAAAUAUUAAAAUUACAUUUACAUCCAUUUAUGCUGAAAAAAGCUGAUAUCUGUGUUCAUUAUUAUAUGAAUUCAAUGGUUUUAAUUAUUCUUAUGUAAGCAGUAAAACAAGUACAUCUCUGACGUUUAUAACAAACCAAGCUGUUGUAAAAUCGGUUAAAAAUUGAGCAAUCUACAGUGAUUUUAAAAUCCAUGCUCCAUUGACUUUAAUGUUAUGAGUGAUCGAGCAGCCCUGUCCCAAGAUGGCCGCCAUGUGGCGACGUUGCUCCCCAUAGGCUGACAGCGCUCAUGAGACAUCUCGUGUUUGUAUAUAUCUAUGGCCUGGACCUUCAGCUGGAGGUCAGCCAGCCCCUCCUCAUCCUGCAGCCUUCUGCUGCUGCAGCCCCUCCUGUUCCUGGACUAUGGAGUUAUAUUUGUGCCACAAUCCUGAGCGCACAGUGUGAAAUUUUGAGCACAGAAAACAAUUUUGAGCAAAGAAAAACUUAAUCUGAGCAAACAAAAAUCUAUUCUGCACUCAAAAAAUAUAUUUUUAUAUUUGUAACUAUCCACAUACACACACAGUCUUAAUGUUUUUCACUCGGUUUUUCACUCUGCUCUCCUGUGGAUCUCUGCUCUACGUCCUCGCUACGUCUCUCUCGCUCUCGCUCAACAUCUGCUCUCUGCACGCGCUCAAAUCUGCCUUCACGCUCGCUCAGCUCUGCACGGCGUUACAAAUGUGCCACAAUUCCAGCCAAUCACAGACUUCUGAUUCUAUCCAAUCGGGUCCCUGUUUCGGCCGCCUCUCGGAAGCGCUGUUAAAAACGAUCGCUAAAUCAACUGGAGUUCUGCUUUAUACGCUGGACUACGACAGAUUUUCGAGCCACUGGACCCUCGUUUAAUUAGCCAAGAUUAGCAAAGCUGUACCAUGUCGGAUCCUGAACGACAACACAACGGUGCACCACAUCCACAUCUCACUAAAAUAGGAUGUGUUGUUUGACCAAGUUACUCUGUGCAAGGCCCUCUGUCCCUGGUCCACACUGACACAAAUCAUAAACUCAUAAGGUCUUGUACUUGGAUGCUGCAACAAAUAACAGAGCACAAACUGCAUUCUCAUUCUUCAUCACAUCGGUCCAGCUUCAUGGCUUACCGUCAAGGGUUAGGGCAGAUCAGGGAGUAGAAAACCUGGAUAUUGCACAUUUCAUGUUUGCCACACGAGGAACAGGAAGAUCGAGCUUCAUCUCUGGAAAAAGUACCAUGACAUUCUUCACUCUCUGGAAGAGGAUGGUCUACUUGACAUAUCUGAUGCCACUCUUCUCUUUGGUGUGCACGACGGCUUUGUCCCCGACUCCGGGCAGAUCUUGAUACCUUUAUUGAAGGAUGGAAUAAUCAUUCUCUGUGGACAGAGGGAGGUCUCACCCCUGAACAGCUGUGGUUCAUGGGACGUCUACAAGAUCUGGACGAGGGGGAGAGACUCAAGGACCUUCAGGACCUUCAGGAGCUUCAGGACCUUCAGGACCCAGGCAUUGACUGGCAGAGUGCUGCGCUGCAGGAAGACUCUCAUGGCACAGUUGUGGUUCCUGAAUUUGAGUGCCCACUGGAUGAUGAAGCCCUGGAAGAACUUCAGAGAACUAUCAACCCUCUGGAACAUUCAGAGUCACAUGGUCGUCACUUAUACUUAAGGCUCUAACAACAGGUGUCCAACCAAUAGACAUUUGGACAAGAACUUGAAAGUCAACAAAUAUUCCAGCACAGUGACAAAAUGAUUGAAGCUUUUCUAACUAAUAAAAGCAAGAGAACCCUGUAUAAAAGGGAAUCUGUAUGACUGAAGAGGAAGUCAAACACUGAGCUAACAGGAACAAUUGUUUUGCUUUUUUCAUUAGUGAUGAACAUAUUCUAUCAGUUAAUGUUUAGAAAUAGCUUCUCAUUUUUUGUUUCAGAUUACCAGAGAGCUAUUUCUGUUAAACUCUGUGGAAGCCACCAUCUAACUGCUUCACUCAUAAGUCUUCUGAAUUCAGUGUAAGUGCUGAGAGGCUGCACUGGAAAAGUUACUGUACGAGUGCAUGCGCUCACAGUUUGGUAACAAACGGAGUGAUCUCCAAGUGGCUCCCUGCAUUCGUGGUCAAACAUGAAUAUUAUUUUGAAAUGUCUCUUUUCAUCAGGGAGGAUGGGAAUGUGGGCUCUUCAUGCUGAACUCCAAGAGAGUGGAUCCUCAACUGCAGCACUGUGAUGUUUAAAAUAUAAGAAAUAAAACAUGUUACAAACAA